AUGGUCAUCUCGAGCGACACCACCGAAAAUGUCACGACGCCUACCGCGACUGUCAUCCCUGAUGAGGAUCCUCAGGGCCUCCCGACCGAACUCAACCUCCUGACUCUCAACUGCUGGGGUCUCCUUCAUAUCUCGACCCUCCGCGCGCCUCGACUCGACGAGAUCGGUCGCCAGCUCGCCAUUCUCGCCCCCACACCCCACAUCGUAGCUCUGCAGGAGUGUUGGACUCAGGAGGAUUACCAGGCGAUCCGCAGACAUACUCGCCAGAUCCUCCCCUAUGGCAAGUUCUACCACAGCGGCGCCUUUGGUGGUGGUCUAGCCAUCCUCAGUCGCUGGCCUAUCGAGGAGAGCACCAUGUUCAAGUAUCCCCUCAACGGCCGCCCGACUGCCUUCUGGAGAGGAGACUGGUAUGUCGGUAAAGGUGUCGCAUGCGCCAAGAUUCGCUAUGGACCCCGAAGAAAGGACGUUAUUGAGGUCUUCAACACACAUACUCACGCCCCUUACGAGCCUGAACCCAAGAGCACCUACAUCUGCCACCGUACCGCACAGGCAUGGGAACUCUCCAAGCUCCUUCGCGGCGCCGCUGAACGCGGUCAUCUUGUUGUCGCUAUGGGCGACUUCAACAUGCUCCCCCUAUCUCUCGCCCACCGCCUUAUCACCUCCCACGCCCCUGUCCGCGACGUCUGGCGCGUCCUCCACCCUGACAGCGCACUCGGCCCUGCUCACCACCCCGCCGAGAAGGCUCGCCGCCGCCCGAUUCCCACCGCCGACUUCAACCUCCUCGAGAAUGGCGCAACUAGUGAUUCGGUCUACAACACCUGGCGGUGGACCAAGAACCAGCAGAAUCGUCUGAGAGCAGGUCAAGCUUGCGAUGUGUCGCCCGAUGCUAUCGAUCCCCGUGGCAAGCGUCUCGACUACAUUUUCGCCUCGACGGGCGUCGAACCUGAUGCUCCAGCUACGACUCCAGGAUGGAUCAUCAAGUCUGCGAUCGUCUCCAUGACUGAGCGUCAUCCUGAGCUCCAUUGCUCGCUCUCAGAUCAUUUUGCUGUUCAGGCGACCCUCACGCGACACACCCCUUCGCCAAUCUCAAGGCCAAUUGGACCUCGCGUCGAAACUCCCUCGGCUGCUCUCCAGACUGGCGCAUACCUAGCUCCUAGUAGCCCAGCUAGCAGCACUCAUUCUGCAGAUGCCAGUCGAUCUCCCGACCCUGACGACCAGCUCCAUCACGGCCGGUUCCCGGAUCACGAUUCUCUCCCCAUGUCUGGUUACGACGACGUCUUGGCCAUGAUUCAGUCGUAUCAUGCCCGUGAGAUCCGCCAACGCUACUGGCGCGGUGUUCACUUUUUUGUUGCACUUCUCGUCUGGCUCGCCUGUUUGAUCGCUGUCUGGUUCAGCCCUGGAAACUACGUCGCUUUCAUCCUCAUGCUCAUCAGCAGUUUGGGCUUAGCUGCUGGCGUGGUCGACGGUCUGCUCUCCCUCCUUUUCUUCUCCUGGGAGAUCAGGGCCCUCAAGGAGUUUGAAUGGGAGAUCCGCAAUGCCAAGGCCGUGGCAGCUGGCGAUCUCGUCGCCUUGACAGAGGCUGAGACUCAGAACAGUCCUGGACGAAGACCUAAAUCAUCUCAAUGA